AUGGCUGUUUGGAAUUCUUGUGUAGGUUCAGAUGUGAAGGCUGUUCCAGCUGUGAAAAAGGUGGUGAAGGUUGAGAGGGCCACAAAGGAAAACGUGGCCCCCUACGUUGCACAAAAAAUGACUUGGGCCAAGGUUGUUAAGGCAACUGAGCCAGUGAAGACUACAAAGGAAAGUGAGUCUGCCGCUGCUUCCCCAAAAAAUUUGGUGCAUAAGCACUCAGUUUCUAAUGGGAAGGAGCUACAGGAUGCAUCUCUCAAGGGUAAGUCGAAUCUCCAAUCUGUGGCAACUGGGGUUACUAAUCCUGCUAGGACUUGCACGGCUGCUGACACAAAUGAAGCAGAUAAAGAGUUUUUCUUGCCUUCUGACUUUACUUUCUUCAAGGACUUGUUGCUGGAGAAGAAUCACAAGACCUACUUGCCAGUUGAUUUUUUCAAGUUCAAGGAAUGGGCCAGAGAAGAUGAAAGCUUGUCGUAUCUUCCUAAGGACUUCUACAAGUAUCCGGAAUGGGUCAGUGAGAACGUAAACGCCGUCUUUUAUCCUAAGGACUUUUACAAGUAUCAGGAUUGGAUCGGUGAAGACGACAACGCCAUCUUUUUUCCCACUGAUUUCUACAAGUACAAGGAGUGGACGACUGAAGAGAACAGCAUCUGUUUCUUUCCUAAGGAUUUCUUCAAGUAUCAGGAUUGGACAGAGUUUGGGUAUGCGUCAUUCCUUCCUUGUGAUUUCUUCAAGUACAAGGACUGGGUAAGAGAAAAGGAGGAACUGUCUUUCCUUCCUUGUGAUUUCUUCAAGUACAAGGAGUGGACUUCUGAAAAGCAUACCAAGUCAUUCCUUCCAUGCGACUUCUUCAAGUACCAAGAUUGGACCAAUAAAAAGAAGGAUUCAAUCUUCCUUCCUUCUGAUUUCUUCACAUACAAAGAGUGGGUAAGUGAAAAGGUGUGUUCGUCCUUCCUUCCUUGCGAUUUCUUCAAAUACAAGGAGUGGACCAAUGAGAAGGACGAUUCGUCUUGCCUUCCUUGUGCAUUCUUCAAGUACAAAGAGUGGACGAGUGAAAAGAAACGCCCCACUUUCCUUCCCCGUGACUUCUUCAAUAUGUGGAAACUCGAAAGAGGAAAUGUCAGAACAACUCAAAAGAAGGAACUCCAGUUUUCGCCCGAGCAAAUUACGUCUGUCCUUCCUUGUCCUGAGUUUGGCUUUGAUUUAAUUUUUUACAAGAAGCCAGCAGCUUUGGAGGUAGUUGGUGCUCAGAGAAUUUGCUCGUGGUAA